AUGCAGGAAGUCAAUGUAUCCCUGUACCUACACGCAGAGUUUCUCCCAAACAUCCGCCAAAUAACCCUCUACGUCUCCCUCCCAGGACGACCAGAACUCAACAACAUCCGACCAAAGAUCCAACUUUCAGAUUCGCGUAAAGCAGUAACAGUCUCAUUACCAACACCAUUCCAGGAUGUGGCGGAGACAAUUAAAUUGCCAGCGCGUGUUAGUGAAGCGUCGAGGCGCGCUUUAAAUGCUUCUGCUACUGCUGGCCCAACAUCUGCAUCGGGCUCAGACUCAAAGAGCAGCUAUGAUUAUUCUUUCCGAAUGCAGGUUGAUCCCAAUGACGAGGCGCUGGCGCCUCAUGAUGAACUGAUUGAUGACUUUGUGCCGUGGACGGCUGGGGAGAUGUCGCCAUUGACGAGAAUUCGGUGUCGUCAAUGUUCGACGCCUUUUCUAAGUUCUCCCGCUACCAAUGUCCAGGAUCAACACCAACAUGCGCACGCCACGGCGUCUACCGCGGGCUGGGUUUGGAAAGAUCUUCCUAGUGGAAAUUGGGCUGAGAUGAUGGAUUUCUGGCAUUGCCAUAAACCCGAUCCCCAUGAAGGCCAUGAAAAAGAUGAGAAAGAUGCUGCCCUCCAGAUUGAAGAUCAACAUGCUCAUACGAAAGGAUAUGGAGCUGAUAGCCAGGUCGUGGCUAUACCGGGGACAGUCCUUAUUGACGUUGCUACUUUCCUUCUUGCAGAAUCAGAUUGCACAGGAUUGAAAAAGGGCAACGCAGAAGAACAAAAAUCAACCAGCCAACACACAAGCCAACCCCAAAGAACACUGGACUGCACAACCUGCAAUGCAAUAAUCGGCAUGGAAGACCCCGUCGCCAACGGAUGGCGUCUCCUAAAAGCAAACGUCUCAUUAAACACCGCCCCAUCCAAUGACUCCAAUCCCACUGCCCCAGAAUGGGAAGCCCAACCAACAGAAACGAUCAUCGCAGCCCAACUACUCGAAUUAAUUGAAAGAGAAAGUGCACGGCGAUUCGUGGUACAUUGUGGCCAGAAGACCGGUCUUGUUCUCUGGGUCUUCAAUCCAGACAUGCGCUACUCAAACUCCAGCGCAGGAGUGCACAUAAUGGCCCAACAAGCCAUGAAAGUCUUCUAUCAGGAAUGCGCUGAUGUAGACGCAUUACUUCAUCCUGAGAUUGGGAACCCAUCCCCGUUAUCGGUUGAAGAGUUGGAGUUGCCGUCUAUGAUUUUUGAGGCGUUAGCGAGUGCGCUUACGGGGAGUAGUUCUUUGCUUCCUGUUUCGGCGAGAAGGUUUGCGGAGUGGGAGGUUGGGAUUUUGGGGAGGUUCAAAAGGGGGAAGGUUCAAGGACGUGUGAAUUAA